CGAUCCCAGCGCCUCCUCCGAGCCCCUUCCCACCCCGGCCCCGGCGCUCGCAGCCCGCGCCGCUCCCUCGAGUCUGGCCGUCCAGGGCUCUGCAAACAGCUGUUUAAAGGCUCUUUUACAGUUCAGUGCUCUGCGGGGAUGUUUGUUCCAAGCCCAUCUGCCUACUUUAAAAAUAUAUAAGUAAAGAACACACCCAGCCUUCCACCCCUGGCUGGGGAGGGGCGGACUCGGCGGCCCCCGCCCGCACUUCGGAAGGAGCCGGCACCCAGCCGCCGCCGCCGCCGCCGCCGCCGCGGCCCCCGCCCCCGCCGACCCUCCUCACGGGAGGACGCCCCGGGCUUCCCAGGGGGGGAGGGGGCGCGCAGCCCCGGGCCCCCUUUGUGCGGGGCAGGGCCGGGCCCCCCAUUUCCAUGCGAGGUUCAGACGCUCCCCCUCUCCCCCGCUUCAGUUAAUCUUUGUUCCCCUUUUCUGCUGAGAGGAGAAAAAAAAAAGAGAGAGAGAGAGAAAGAAAAGGAGGAAAAAAGGCGUGACUUGAUUUUCAAACGAAACUCCCACAGCAAACAAAACCCUUUUAGAGAAAUAAGAAAGGAGGAAGAAGGAAGAAAAGAGGGAAGAAAAAAAAAGGAGAAAGAAAACCCUCCAGGCUUUCAAUUUGAGUGGGAGAGUUGAACCGAAAGAAAGAGAAAGAAAGGAAGAAAAAUCCUCUCUGCGGUAGAAAGAGAAAAGAAAACUUGGGCUGACAGGAGGGGGGUGUUGGAGGGGGGGGGGGUGGAAGGAAGUGAGAAAACAAAAGAGAGAUAAAAGGGCUGCUUUUCUGUCUCUCUUCCUCUGCGAGCUGGGUUAGGAGGAGCUGUUUUGCAUCCCUUCACGUCAGCCCUGCCUCAUUCCCUUCUUCCAGGGAGGGAGAGAGAGCGAGCGAGCGAGAGAGCGAGCAGGAGGGAGAGAGAGCGAGAGAGGAGAGGGAGAGAGGAGGGGGGGAGAGAGAGGGAGAGAGAGAGAGAGAGAGAGAGGGAGAGAAAGAGAGGAGCCGGAGGGAGGGCGGCAGGAGCAGGCGGCGGGCGCGCGUGGAGGCGGGCGGCGGGCGCGCAGCAGCAGCCCGGGCGGUGGGCAGCCAGGAGCCCCCGGCCCGGCCCCGGCCCCGGCCCCGGCCCCGGCCCCGGCCCCGGCCCGCCGAGGGCCCCCAGCGCAGGAGCCGCGCCCGGACCAGGCGAUGCCCUCCUAGCCAGCCGCCCCGGGAUGGAGGGCUUCAUGGACUCAGGGACACAGACGGAUGCCGUGGUGGUGCUGUCCUUGGCUCAGGCCGCCGUGCUGGGCCUGGUCUCGGAAAAUGAGCUCUUUGGAGCCACCAUAAGCCCCGAAGCCUUCUACCCGGACCUGGGGCCUGAGCUGUCCGGGCCGGCCAUUGGGGAGCCCGGGCCCCCGGGCCCCGACAUCUACCAGCUGGCCUGCAACGGGCGGGCCCUGGAGGAGCCGGCGGAAGAGGAGGUGCUGGAGGUGGAGGCGGCCUUCGAGAAGCACACCCGGCGGAAGACGCGACCGCCUGUGCGGCUGGUGCCCAAGGUCAAGUUUGAGAAGGUGGAGGAGGAGGAGGAGCAGGAGGUCUACGAGGUGUCCGUGCCUGGUGACGACAAGGAUGCAGGCCCAGGGGAGGCCCCUGCCGAGGCGGCCAGUGGCGGCUGCGAGCCCCUGGUGCAGAGCAGCGCCGUCAAGAUGAUCGACCUCAGCGCCUUCAGCCGCAAGCCCCGGACGCUGCGGCACCUGCCCCGAGCCCCGAGGCCGGAGCUGGACGCGGCCCCCUACGACCCCCACUUCCCAGACCCGGCCCGGGACGGCUUCUCCGAAGCCGGCAUGGCGCUGCCGGGGCCGGAGGCCCUGCCCGUGGAGUGUGGCUUCGAGCCGCCCCACCUGGCCCCCCUGAGCGACCCCGAGGCCCCCACCAUGGAAUCCCCGGAGCCCGUGAAGCCGGAGCAGGGCUUCGUGUGGCAGGAGGCGGGAGAGUUCGAGGCCGACUCGGCGGGCUCGACGGCGGAGCGCCACAAGAAGGCCCAGCUGGACCGGCUGGACAUCAACGUGCAGAUCGACGACUCCUACCUGGUGGAGGCGGGUGACCGCCAGAAGCGCUGGCAGUGCCGCAUGUGCGAGAAGUCCUACACGUCCAAGUACAACCUGGUGACGCACAUCCUGGGUCACAACGGCAUCAAGCCGCACUCGUGCCCGCACUGCAGUAAGCUCUUCAAGCAGCCCAGCCACCUGCAGACGCACCUGCUGACGCACCAGGGCACCCGGCCCCACAAGUGCCAGGUGUGCCAGAAGGCCUUCACGCAGACCAGCCACCUCAAGCGCCACAUGCUGCUGCACUCCGAGGUCAAGCCGUACAGCUGCCACUUCUGCGGCCGCGGCUUCGCCUACCCCAGCGAGCUCAAGGCCCACGAAGUGAAGCACGAGAGCGGCCGCUGCCACGUCUGCGUCGAGUGCGGCCUGGACUUCUCCACCCUGACCCAGCUCAAGCGCCACCUGGCCUCCCACCAGGGCCCCACCCUCUACCAGUGCCUCGAGUGCGACAAGUCCUUCCACUACCGCAGCCAGCUGCAGAACCACAUGCUCAAGCACCAGAACGUGCGGCCCUUCGUGUGCACGGAGUGCGGCAUGGAGUUCAGCCAGAUCCACCACCUCAAGCAGCACUCCCUCACGCACAAGGGCGUGAAGGAGUUCAAGUGCGAGGUGUGCGGCCGGGAGUUCACCCUGCAGGCAAACAUGAAGCGACACAUGCUGAUCCAUACCAGCGUCCGGCCCUACCAGUGCCACAUCUGCUUCAAGACCUUCGUGCAGAAGCAGACCCUCAAGACGCACAUGAUUGUACACUCGCCUGUGAAGCCAUUCAAAUGCAAGGUGUGUGGGAAGUCCUUCAACCGCAUGUACAACCUGCUGGGCCACAUGCACCUGCACGCGGGCAGCAAGCCCUUCAAGUGCCCCUACUGCUCCAGCAAGUUUAACCUCAAGGGCAACCUGAGCCGGCACAUGAAGGUCAAGCAUGGUGUCAUGGACAUCGGCCUGGACAGCCAAGACCCCAUGAUGGAGCUGACGGGCACGGACCCCUCGGAGCUCGACAGCCAGCAGGAGACGGAAGACUUCGAGAACGCCUAUACGUACGCUGGCGUGCACAGCAGCACCGAGGCCAGCGUCCUCACCGAGCAGGCCAUGAAGGAGAUGGCCUACUACAACGUGCUAUAGCACAAGCCGGGCGCCCACAGGGCGAGGAGGGCUUGGGACGCGGGGGGAGACCCACGUGCCGCGGGCGCACCUCCCGCGGCUGAGAAAGCUACUGCCCCGCUGUCCCGAGCCCUCCCCUCCCACGGAGUCGUUUGCACCACUUCGGGACCCGUAGACCAAAUGGAGACCGUACUACUGGCCUCAGCUGUGAACCAGGCCCAGGCCCCAGGCAUCUGGGGGAGGAAGGAGAGCACAGGAGGCCCAGCUCUGGGUCUCCUUGGCCUGCUGCUGUGGGAGGGUGGGAGGAAUGCUGAUCGGGGCCGUUGGGGGAUAGGCCACAGGGGCACGGGUCCUUGGGCCUCUCCAGGGGCCCAGCCGAGCUGGGGCAGCCAGUGGGGAGGGGUUUGAUGCGCUUCCUGUCCGCUCCUCCUGGGGUCCCGGCACUGGAGGAAGAGAGAACGUGAGUCUUGCCUUGUUUCUCGUCUGGACCAGCUCCUGCCUCUAGGGAUGUUUGAGCUCCUGUGCUGGUCAGCACUGCCCCCCCCCCCCCCCCCCGAUCCCUCACCAGCCCCUGGGCCGCCAAAAGCCCAGGCCCCAGAGCCCCCCUUCCCCACCUUGUCCAUAAACAGCCAGGCAGGGCCCUCUGCCUUCUACCUCCUGGUGCCUCCCGCGCUCUCCUCCAGCCAGGCAUGCAUGCCGCCCCAGUCCUGGCCUUAGGAAAGCAGGGUGUAGCCCAGCCCCCGGCGAAUGCCCGCUCCAGCCAACCCCCAGAAGGCCCCCCCUCCAGCCAUUUAAAAGUGGGUGUCCCUCAAGUGGAUUUCAACAAAUGUCAUCCGGUUCUGUGCUGAACUGGUCCCCGCACCAGGGUCCCCCGAUGUGAACAAAGCUGGGAUGUGCCUUUCGCUGGGCACACACUGAGACAGAUGGGGGCCCCCUUGAGUGAGGGGCAGGGCACAGCAAAGGGAUCACGGGGACUGAGAGGGGCUGUCCCCAGAGGAGGCCAAGGACCACCUGGGGGGUGGCUGGAGUAUUUUAUUAUUAACAAGUAUCCAUUUUGAGGAUGGGGACAGCCAAGACUCAACAGGUUCCCAGAAAGAACAACAUAGUUAAAAAGAAAAUGAAGACCAUAGAGAUAAAAAAAUUUUUGAGCAAAAGGGGUAUUUUGAAGGUAAUUUAUUAUUUUUUUUCCUUUCCAACUCUGUCACCUAUUCUUUCUGCUGGAGAUCAUUUUCUUUUUCCAAAUGGAAGCUCCCUUGUGUGCCGUGAGCGCUUCACGCCUCCCCGAGCUCCGGUGGCCAGCCAGGCAGGACUCCGGCGCAGAGGGGGGUUGGCAGGGAGCCUCGGGCCCCGGCGAGAGGCAGGACGCAGAGCUGGGCAGGCCCUCCGCCCCUGCCCGGCCUCUCCAGCCAGUGACUCGCUCUGCACCACCCACCUCAGCGGCCAAGGCUGCUCGAUUCUGCUCAGCCGACAGCUCCCUCCCUUGCUUGCCUACUCUCAUCGCCUCUGUCCCCACGCCAGCUCCUGCCCCGGGAACCGAAGACAGGCCCAGGGCAUGAAAUAGUACAUUCAGGAAUGCUAGGGCACCCGGACUCCUGCCCACUCGCCUCCUGAGGCCUCAGUGGAGAGGGGGCAGGCAGGGCUGUCCCCAAAGGCACGAAGGAGGUGAAGCCACCAACUUCGGCCCGGAAACCAGGAAAGGAGGGGGAACAGCCGGGCGGGGGGGGGGGGGGGGGGACCAGUUUGAAAUGCAGCUGACUACCCCCAAAGCUGUACCCUUAGUGAAGGACCAAGCCAGGCUUCAGGGUGGCUGUGAUCAGGACUGAGGGGAGGACAAGGUGGCCUCGGGAUCAGGCAGCCAGGUGCCCCUUCCUUCUCUGCUCAAGCUCAUGCUAAGAGGCAACAAACGAGAGGACUGGGGGCUCAAAGGAGCCUUUUCCCCUCCAGAACCCCGAGGCCCCCCCCCCAGCCCCCCAGGUGCCCGCCAUGAUGACCCUCAGGUGGCAGUGACCCCGUCACUGUAGAAGACAUUUUCUCCUGCUGAGCAGAAGCAUCACCCCCUGCAAACUACCUCUUCCCACAAUGUCUUUCUCCCCUGGUACCAAAAAGAACCCUGUACCUCCUCCUUCUCCUCCUCCUCCUCUUUCCUGCCAGCGCAGUGGCCUUGGUCUUGGAAACCCAAGGGAGACGGUCUGGCCCCCAGGGCGGGGCUCUCCUUUCCUCCCCCAGCCCUGCCAUCAGCUCGGCCCUCUGCGAGGUUCAAUACUUGAACGCCCCCUGCCCUGUGCCUUGGACCCAGGCAAAGCUAAGAGAAAGAAACAGCACAACUUAAACAAUUUGAGCUGGGGGGUGGUCUCGGCAAGGCUCCUGUCCUCACCCCUCCCCAACCUCUCAAGAGAGGCGUGCGGCCUCUUGGGUGACUUGGAAACUCCUGGACGAAUUCCAUUCUAACUUAUUUUGACGUGUAUACAAACCAACUGUUUAGAAAUUCCACUUGUGCAAAGCCCUACUGUGUUUUUAUGUUCCCGUUUAAGAGAGAAGUUUACUUAGCAAUAAUUAUAAAUAAAUGAAUAUUCUUUAGCGA